UAUUCCUUUCGUUCCAUGCACUUGUUUAUUCCCAUGAGUUCAAAAAAUUAAAGGAAAAAAUGCUCUUUUCUAGAAGCAUUCGAUACGUAAAAGUUCAACUAAACUCCCUCUCGCUGUUUGGAUUAGAUCUGGCUUGCUACAAUUCUGACCUCUCUGAAUUCCAACCGGUUCGAAAGGCUUCACGUUUUCUUAACUUGAAAAUAUUCCUAGUUUUUGCCACAACGGGUGGAAUCGUGCUGAAUGGAGGGUACACAUUGGUUUUCCUCCCAGUGGAUGGAAUUUCCCAUAAGAUUUUUAUACUCAUGUUCAUCUCUGCAUUUACGACGGGCAUGUGUGUCGUGGUUCCGUUAUUGUUACGCCCAUUGAAUUAUAUUUCUCUGCUCAAUAUCCAGCUAAAAAUGGAGGCUGGGUUAUUCAAAAAAUUAGAAGUUCCUCCCAUAUGGAAAUUCUGCCUCGAAAUAUGUCACAUCUCGGCUGUCAUAUCGUCCAUCGCAGUUCCUGCGGCAGUAACCGUUUUCGCGUUGUAUGACCCCACCCACGCUCCUUACCUGGGCUCGUUGGUUAGGACUAGUACAAAUUCGUGCCGGAUAGUGAAAACAAUCAUACACGUGGCCCUUCUACUCCUCCAGGGAUGGGAUUUCAUGAUAAUUACAAACAUAUUUUGUAUUAUGGUGGUCCAAAUAUUUUUUGGCAUGCUGAUCUUUAUUGCCGCAUUUUUAUCAGCUUUGACAAGGUCCAUCAAGGGUCGACAACUCAGUAUACAGGAACACUUCCGGUUAUACAGAGGACUGAAAAUAUUAACUUCUCGAUUAAAUUUUCUCUUCCGGGGACUAAUUCUACCAGCCAUUCUACUCUAUGCAAUUUCCUGUAACGUGCUCGGAACUUAUUUGACCGUAUCGAUAAACUCUGGAAUAUUCGAAGAAUUGCGAAAUGCUGUAUUUCCCCUAUUUGCAGUCGAGACAGGGCUCACAAUUUUAGUCCUGGGAAGAGUUGGAGGGUUGAUACAUAAGCGUUCGAAAAAGUGCGUCCUGCUCUUAGGACGCGAUAAAAGUAGGAUGGCGAAAUCGUGUCAUCCUUUAAAAAUUAAGUUUGGCACUAAUUUUAUCGACAGUUCGACUCCACUCGUAAUCAUAUGCUUUUGUGCUAAGAAUACGGCUCGAUUGUUGCUAUUGGAGGAAUAAACAAAUUGUCUUAAAAACGAAAGAAAAUUACGGUAUUUUUCGAGAAAAGUUUUAAUUCUGCACACUCUGCACAAGAUUGUGACUCAUGUCUCAACUUGUCGCAAAUUGGG